AACUUUAGUUCUGUUUCACACUUGCUGCAAUGGAGAUUUUCAUCUUCAUCAUUUUUCUUCUCAUUACGGAGGUUCAGUCUUACAAUGCUCCUACUGUUCGUGUUUCUUCAGAUGUCAUUAGUGAGUUCAGCUCAGUGAAGAUCAGCUGUGAGACGCCAGCAGGUGUUACAGUUAAUCAGUGUUAUUUCACAAUAAACAGAGAAGUGAAGAAUAUAAAAGUCAGUCCAUCAUGUGAACUGGAGUUUACUGGUGAUGGCUUGCUCAUAUGGGCAGGUGGAAAAUCACCUCAAUCAGUCGACAUUAACUGUUACUACACAACAAAUGAGAGAGGGAUUAAUGAACCAUCAUCUCAUUCUGCUGCUGCCACAGUGACUGUUCUAGGUCUUCCUCAGGCCAGAUUGUCAGCGUCUGCUUCAGUUCUUCAGGAAACAGACACAGUUGAGCUGAACUGUGAGAAUACUGAAGAUCUGAAGAUGGAGAUGUGUUUCUUCAACAAAUAUGGAAGAGAAAGUAACUCAAAAGUGAGCUCUUCAUGUCAGCUCUCACUCACUGCAUCUCAGAUCAGGGAUUGGUCUGGAGAUCAGAGUUCAUCAGUGAACAUAACCUGCUUCUACACAGUGAAGAAGGGACAAAAUCAAACACCAUCUCCUCACUCUGAUCCAGUGACAGUAACAGUCCAGACUUCAACACCAACCACCACAGCAUAUACUACUGCAACAGCCAUAAAAACAACAACGUUAACUGUAACUUCAACUCCUGCAACCACAGAAAACACAGAAGCUGACUUGCAAUCACAGACAGAUUCCACGAUACAAACCACAGUUUCAACAGAAAAUUCCACUCCAAAAGCUUCACAAACAGACACAGAAUCAUCAACAUCGGCUGUCAUUUCUACAACUUCAAUUCCAACGACCGUCAGAGCUGAUGUUUCUAAUGUUCAGACUUUCACAGCUCAGAAAGACCAACCCGUAUCCAGAUAUAAAGUUAUAUGGCUUGUAGUGUUGAUUUGUACAGGCGUUGGUGUCAUUUUAUCUGGAUUGCUGGGAAUCAUCUGUGUGUGCUGGUUUGCAAGGAAAAGAAGAAGAAAAUGCAAUAACAGGAAAUCCACAAACCCAGAUGUGUCCAGUCAAGGAAUUGGUGUGAGUUGUUCUGGACCACCAGAGUUAUAUUCUCUAAUCACUUCUGCACCAGCCACGUCUCAACCUGUUUUUGAGGAUUUAAGUCAGCACAACACAGACCCUAGAGACACGGUCAUGACUUCUGUAAACCCAAUGUACCAGUGCUCAGAUGUUUCAGUCAAUAAAAAACAACGGGGAAAUAUAGAGCAAAGUGAGGAUGUUUACCACCUGUACUGCACCAUCCCUGAGAAACCAGUGCAGUCCAGCACUGGAGAUAAAGAAUACAGUUUGAUCCAGAUGCACCAAUGAGCCUCAAAACUUGUUUCAUUGUGUACAGAUUAUCAGCUGUACAGUACAUGAGAAAGCUUUACUUACAAACAGAUUUUGAUUUUGGUUAUAAUGGUUAACCAGAAAAUGGUUUCGUCUGCAGACGAUAACCAAAAAUAGCUUGUUAGAUGU